AUGGCGUUUAUUAAAGAGGAGAGUGAAGAUGUGAAGAUUGAAGAAACAUUCACAGUCAAACAGGAAGAUCUGCAGGAACAAACAGACCUGAUGGUGCUGAAAGAAGAGACUCACCAACAGAAUGAAAUGGAAGAGAAACACCAAGACAUAACUGAUGAAAAACCCACACUGACUGAAAAGACGUCAUCACGAGGAAGACCUCGGAAAUCCAAAUCUGGGUGUAAUUUCACUUGUCAUCAAUGUGGAAACCAUUUCAGCCGAAAACACAGCCUUCAAGUCCACAUGAUAACUCACACUGGAGAGAAGCCUUUCAGCUGUAAACAGUGUGGGAAGAGUUUCAGUCAAAAGCCAAACCUUUAUGUUCACAUGAGAGUUCACACUGGGGAGAAACCUUACAGCUGUGAACAGUGUGGAAAGAGUUUUGCUAAAAGCAAUGACUUUAAAGCCCACAUGAGAAUUCAUACUGGAGAGAAGCCGUACACAUGCCAACAGUGUGGAAAAAGCUUCCGUAAUACAGGAAACCUCACAUUCCACAUGAGAAUUCACACUGGAGAGAGGCCUUUCUCUUGCUCUCAGUGUGGAAAGAGUUUUAAGCAAAAUGGCACCCUUGAAGUCCACAUGAGAACUCACACUGGAGAGAGAAUAUUCACUUGCACACAGUGUGGGAAAAGAUUUGCUCAAAAACAAAGCCUUAUCAUCCACAUGAGGAUUCACACUGGAGAGAAACCUUACACAUGUACUGAGUGUGGUAAAGGUUUCACAUGUAAUAGCGCACUCAAUAACCACAAGAGUACUCACACCGGAGAGAAGCGGUUUGCAUGUUCUCAGUGUGGAAAGAGCUUCACAACCAAAGCUAGCAUUAAGAACCACAUAGAUGAUCACACUGGAAUUAUAGUGUUCACAUGUGUUCAGUGUGGAAAGAGUCUCACAUGCAAAGACUCCAUUAAGCAACACAUGAAGACUCACUCAGGAGAGGAUCGUUUUAGAUGCAGUGAGUGUGGAAAGGACUUUAAACAUAAAAGAAGCCUCAGCACUCACAUGAAGCUUCACAAUGGAAAGCAGAGUCCUCAACACUGAGACCUUGUCCACACAAACGGGUAUAUUUAAAACGGCAGCUUGUUCUCGUAGUUUGACUGUUCAUUUACGUGAAGUUUAUGUAUAAACUACUUUCAAGAGGAUCACAUGCUUAUGAUUGUUCACGACUGCAUUAGUUAACACAUGAUUCACCAAUCAGAUGAUUCCUAACUCACUAUAAAUAACCAGAGUUUCUUACCUCAGUUAUCUUCGUCUUCGAGCUCAAACUCUGCUAACGGGGAGGAAGCCCCGGGCUCGAGUAUCUUAUGAGCCCAGGGCUCUCUCCCGGGACAGCAUACCAAACACGCUUUAUGAUCAAUCAUCAGCUAAGGGUGAACUCUUGAAUACAUAUCAAGUUACUGAAAAUGAAACCCUUUAACACCUGAAGAUUUAAACUGUAACUGUUUGUAGUGUAGAUCAGGGGUCACAGCCCAGUACCAGGUUGUGAGAGUUAGAAAAAAACUUUAUAUGUUUUUCAACUUUAUUAUGAACCGAUAACCAUAGUUGUGCACAUUGCACACUUCAAUCAAAUGGUCUGCACUGAACAGAAAAUUAGAAAGAUUAGGGAGGAGAAAAUGUUUGGGGAGAUGCAGGGAACACUGUCCUACACCCGUAGAUUGUGUUUAUGAUGAAAACAUAAGAGGAACAGAAAUAUGGUGUUUUGAGACAGCUGACUGGGAGACAUUCAGCUAUAUCAGUGAGCAAGAGAUGAAAAAUACUGAAGUAUAUUGAUGAAGAUGAUGACAAGGUUAAUAAUUGAUGCUUGCAAUGCUCUGUUUGUGUGCAGCAAAUCCGACUAAUAUGAAGAAGGGGCAUAAGGAGAAAUGACUGUACCAUGGUGAACAAAUGAAUGUGGUGAAGCAGUCAAAUCUAGAAAUAAAGCAUUUAAAAUAAUGAAAAUGAAUCACAGUUUCCAAAUUUAAUUUAUAUUUGUAGGAGAGGUAUAAAAAGACAAAAAAUGCUCCGGUUUGCCCAGGCCUGUAUAUAUUUUGCCCUGACUUGCCCCUGUCUAUAUAUCUGAACUUUUGUGUUCUCCUCAAAGAUCCCUCAGGUCCUCUGCUCAGCUCCUGCUAACUGUUCCUAAAUCCUGCUUGAAAACAAAAGGAGACAGAGCCUUCUUAGUCUAUGCUCCAAAACCUUUCACCUUUAGAAAUGAAAGCUUCAUCUGCAUUAAGUGUUUUUAAACAGUCAGUCA